CCAGUCUAGUGAGAAGUAGUGACGAAUUCGGUGUUUUCUUGGCCUGCCAAAUCCGGUGAAAAGAGACGUAUCAAUCUAGUGAGAACUAGUAACGAAUUCGGUGUUUUUUAGCCUGCCAAAUCCGGCGAAAAAAGAGUUCCCCCAUUCACGACUGGAAAGUGGAAAGUCGAGCCUUGAUUAAAUUAACCAGAUUCCUUAGUGAGAACUAGCAACGAAUUCGGUGUUUUUUAGCCUGCCAAAUCCGGUGGAAAAAGAGUUCCCCCAUUCACGCCGGUGAAAAAAGAGUUCCCCCAUUCACGCCUGGAAGGUGGAAAGUCGAGCCUUUAUUAAAUAACCAGAUUCCUUCCAUAAUUGAGUUCUUGCGGGUUCACAAUGUUCAACAACAGCUUCUCGAUCACCGUUUCCGACCAGUCUUCCGAUGAGCACGCCGACAAAAAAUUACGGGCUCGUGUCCGGAGGAAGUCCAAGAAAUUUGGGUUUCGAGGCAAGACUGAAUUCACUCGCCAAGUUGUGAGGCAGGUUCUCAAGUGGUGGCCUUUCCUGCUCUUCCUUUCUGCUGCAGCAUUGCUCAUUUUUGAAGUCUCCCGAAUCUAUGGAAAAUCAACAAGUCCACCACCGCCUCAAACCGCCCAGGCCCAGAAGAAGCCGGACCACCCUCAUUUUGAGAAGAAAGAGCAAGGGAACUUGAAUCGUCUCGAUCCCACCACCCGAGUCGUCGGUGGCGUUAGAGAACGUUGUCUGAAGCUUCUGGCUCCUGAAGAACUUGAACGUUUGGUUUUUCCGCAACAAAGAGUAUCUAAUAUUCCCAUUAAAAAAGUGGUAUACAUCACAGAGACUGAUAAAACUUAUGGAGAAGGGAACUUCACAAAGUCUCAGCAUGGUCUGGACGGCACAAGAUUUAAUUUAUUCACUGGAUACCAAACUCUGGACCAGAGAGAUCAAAGCUUUAAGGUGAACAAAACAGCAACAGUCCAUUGUGGUUUCUACAGUGAGAAAGGGGGGUUUAAGAUUUCUGAGGAAGAUGAAUUGUAUAUGCACGAGUGUGAAGUAGUGGUGUCUACCUGUGCAUUUGGUGGCGGAGAUGAUCUAUACCAACCAAUAGGGAUGUCAGAGCAGUCACUUCAUAAGGUUUGUUAUGUGGCUUUUUGGGAUGAAAUUACUCUUGCUGCACAAGAAGCUCAGGGUCAGAAAGUUGGUGAAAACCAUUUUAUUGGGAAGUGGCGGAUUAUAGUAGUUAAGGAUCUACCUUUUCGAGACCAAAGGUUAAAUGGCAAAAUUCCCAAGAUGCUAGCCCACCGUCUCUUUCCAAACUCAAGAUACUCAAUUUGGGUGGAUUCCAAGUCCCAGUUUAGGAGGGACCCUCUGGGAGUACUGGAAGCCCUUCUUUGGCGAUCAAAGUCUGUACUUGCAAUUUCAGAACAUGGAGCACGCAGUAGUGUGUAUGAUGAGGCAAAGGCUGUUGUCAAGAAAAACAAAGCAACACCUGAAGAGGUUGAAGUACAAUUAACUCAGUAUCGCAAGGAUGCACUACCAGAGGACAAGAGGUUCAAUGGAAAGAAAGCUCUAGCUGAGGCUUCCAUCAUUGUGAGGGAGCACACGACAACAACUAACCUCUUCAUGUGUCUCUGGUUUAAUGAGGUGGUUCGCUUCACUUCCCGUGAUCAGCUAAGCUUUCCAUAUGUUCUCUGGCGGUUCAAAGCAUUAAAGGACAUUAAUUUGUUCCCUGUAUGCACUCGCAAAGAUCUUGUUAAUAGCAUGGGCCAUGUACGCAAGGCCAAGCUUUUGACAAGUUAAUUUCUUAAUUUCCAUUCCUGCUUGGAUUCUUCUUUUUCCAUGUUUUGGAUAGUCUUAUUUGGCAUCCACUAACUUCAGGAGGAUGUUUUGGAGGAAGAGCUUGGGUAGAAUCGUCUUUUCACCGGUACUUGUUACCUGUACAUUGUAUUUGCUGCAGUUCGUUUUUUGCUUCCUUGAACUAUUGUAAAGUCUAAUUUAUAUAUUUAUUUGGGAAAGGACCACAAUACUACUUGUAUCUCAUUGACUAACAAGAAUAUAGAAGUGAGGAGGAACAUCUGAAGGGUCUGAUUUUGUAAAUUUUUUGGGAAUCCUCCAAUUCUAUAGUCUACUUGGCAUUUUGGUGCAACAGUGUUGCAGUUGAAAUAAAAGACUUUGGCAUCCUUCUUUGCCUCA